CCCUGCGUCUCCCCCCUGUUACCAGGUCACUAACCGAUAGAGCCGCCGGCCCCGGAGGUAAGUUCCACACCCAGCCCGCUCCCUCCCUCGCUUCCCAAUGUAGCUCCACCUAAUCCGCUUACCCGAACCCAGGUCUGUUCCGUACCCGCUCCGUCGUCAAUCCCUCUGCGCGGCAAGCCGCCGCCUGCCGCACGCGUCUCCGCGAAGCGCGCUACGCCCUCGAAGAGCGAGCACGUCCCGCUGAACUGGACGCUGGCUCUGAGGAGCCCGCUUUCGAGACGGAGUGUGAGCUGCGCGAUUUCGUCGAGAUGCGCAUCCAGGAGUCGAUGCGCACCGGACAGUUUGACAACCUCAAAAACAAGGGUCGCCCGCUGCCAGGCCCACCCCCGGCCUCUAUGCUGGAUGUCGCCCUUCGCAUCAUGCGGCAGAACGGCGUGCGCCCGCAUUGGUUGCAGCUCAUGCAUGACAUCGACCACGAGAAACGGCUGUUCAGGACACAUUUGCAGUUUGCGUGGCAUAGUUAUAUGCCGCAUAGCCCGGCGAGGUGGGAAUUGGCCGUCAGAGUGGCAGAGCUCAGGGUGGUCGAGGUAAAUAAGGCCGUGGACACCUUUAACUUGAUCAGACCGUCCUGUGUCGGGCAUCUGUUCCGCCUCAGGCUGCGCAUGCCGGAGGAAGUUACGCGCGCACAGGAGAGCGAGGUGCCAGAGGUGUUAGCGCAGAAAAGGAGGAGGGCGGCUGGGGUAGAUGAAGAGGGAGGCGUGGAGGCGGCGGCGGAGGAAGAGAAAAGUAUUGAGGGAGGGGAUGAGCCUGCAGGAAAGGACGAAGAAAAAGAGCAGUCGCAGGAGGAUGGGAGUGUCGUUCAGGAGCCGAGACCAUCGUGGCAACUGUUUGCAAGAUUUGUGCGGGCAGCUGAGGUGCGUGAAUAUGACCUUCCGACGUGGGGACGGCGUCGAGAGCCUUCGACGGACAAGGACGCCCCAUCGGAGCCAAAGAAAAGUUGCUAG